AUGACGUCGUGGUACUCCAGCAUUCUCACCAGGACCACCUCGCAGAUCUCGUCGCUGCGCUCGACGCUCCUCUCGUCCGACAACGACGGCGACACCGACGACGACACCCACGUGUGCCGCGUCCUGCGCAACUACUACGCCGACAAGGGGCGCCCCCUGCCGGCCUGGCUGCCCCCCGACCCCAAGACGGCCGCCGUGCCGCAGCCCCUCUACGCCCAGCCGCAGGGCGCAAGCGCCGGCGUCGGCGUCGGCGUCGGCCAGCCCUCCCCCGGGCUGAGCAGCCUGUGGGACAGCGCGCCCCCCGCGCAGCCGCAGAGCCUGCGGGCCGGGCGGCGGCCGCGCGAAGACGUCCUGCCGCGGCCGCUGCCGAGCCAGCGCGCGGGGAGCUACCAGAGUGCCGGGGCGGGGGGGGCCUCGGCCCAGGAUCGCCUGAAGCAGCGGCUCUGGGGGUCCGGCAGGCAGUCGCCUUCGCCGGGGGGUUCGCGGGGGUGA